AUGGGAGGAUUAGAGCAGUGGUGCAAGGAGCUACGGAAGGAAAAACAGAUGAAAGUUUUUGUGUUUCGAGUUUUGAUUUUUGGAUUUCUGGUCUCGCACGUGUCCACAUAUAGCAAUGGACUGGUCUAUAAAGCAUGUAACACAAUGACGCCACAACAUGGCGUCUCUGCACAGACAACAGAGCCGCCAUACAGUGUGUUUGCUUCUAGCCACACAUACAGACCUGCAGAAGAAAUCACAGUCACUCUGCAGGCAAGUCCUGAAACAUAUUUCGAAGGGUUUCUCCUUCAAGCACGCAGUAUACCAGAAAAUGAAAUUGUUGGCCAUUUCAUUGUGACAGACCCUAAAUCUAGAAAUCUCACUUGUGCUGAGAAUGUGGUUUCCAACCCUAACUCCAACACAACAAGCAGCCCAAUUGUGCCGUCUACUGCUGCUUCCAACACAACAAACAGCCCCAUUGUGCCGUCUACUGCUGCUUCCAACACAACAAACAGCCCCAUUGUGCCGUCUACUGCUGCUUCCAACACAACAAACAGCCCCAUUGUGCCGUCUACUGCUGCUUCCAACACAACAAACAGCCCCAUUGUGCUGUCUACUGCUGCUUCCAACACAACAAGCAGCCCAAUUGUGCCGUCUACUGCUGCUACCAACACAACAAGCAGCCCAAUUGUGCCGUCUACUGCUGCUUCCAACACAACAAGCAGCCCAAUUGUGCCGUCUACUGCUGCUUCCAACACAACAAACGGCCCCAUUGUGCCGUCUACUGCUGCUUCCAACACAACAAACAGCCCCAUUGUGCCGUCUACUGCUGCUUCCAACACUUCAAGUGCCAGUAGUUCAGUACCUCCGAGUUCUCUUUCGUCCAGCCAUCCUCCUCCUCCUACUUACAUUUCCAGUGAGACUUGCGGUACACAGAAGAUUUGCCUCAGCAGUCCUUCUGACUGUGACCCCUCCAAAAGUAGUAACUGCUUCUUUAUGUCCUCUGCUAUGACUGAUGACGGUGCAUAUAAUUUUGAGAUCAGCGGCCUUUCUGGAGGAUAUGUUUCAAUUGGCUUUUCAGAUGACCAGCUCAUGGGAGAAGAUGACGUAUACAUCUGUGGGAUAAAUUCAAAUGGACAAGUAGAAAUCCAGCAUGCCUACACUGAAGGAAGGAAAACACCUCUCAGUUUACCUUUGGGUAAUGUAAAUGUCAGCAUGACAUCAUUCACCAGCGGCGUGAUACAAUGUUCUUUCACUUCAAGAAAUCAGAUCUCAACGCAACUUCCUGCCCGCCAAGCCCGAUCCAGUAACAGUUCUGAUACGUACUACAUAUUAUUUGCUUAUGGAUCUGCUGAAAACGGAAGAAUCCGAUUUCAUGGGCCAGGUGUAUUCUCCAGUGACACCAAAAUUAAUCUCGCUGUAGCUUCCAAUGUGACUCAGAAAGAGUACAGCACGCCCAUAAUGGUAAAGACGCACGGGGCCCUCAUGCUUAUUGCUUGGAUGACUACAGGAAGUUUAGGGAUGAUUAUUGCUCGAUAUUUCAAAACUGCUGCAAAGAAACCAAUUUUGGGCAAAGCACUUUGGUUCCAGGCUCACCUAGUGUUCAUGGUUUUGACAGUGGCUGCAACAAUAGUGGCAUUUGUAUUAUCAUUUGUACAAGCUAAAGGAUGGGUGUACUAUGUCAGCACUCAUGCUAUUCUUGGGUGCAUUGUGAUGAUUCUGGCCUUUUUCCAACCCAUAAUUGCCUUUUUUCGACCUUCACCAGAGAGCAAGCAGAGAUACAUUUUUUAUUGGUUUCAUGUAGCCAAUGCCCUGGUGAUGAAAGUCUUGGCAGUGGCAAAUCUUUUCCUGGGCUUUCAGUUCAUCGAUCAGAGACUCGGAUGGAUGGUUAAAGUCAUGGGAGGCUUUGUUGGCUGGGGAGCUUUAACCGUCAUUUGCUUUGAGAUCAAUGCUUAUCUAGCCAGGAAAGAAAUGAAUAAAUUAGCAGACAAGGAAAGCAAAGAAGCCUCGGUGAAAUCAGAGGUUUAUCUGCUAAUUAUCUACCUGUGUGGGAACCUGGCAUUCCUGAUUACAUUGCUUGUGGGAAUUGGACUGUCAUAGGAGAGAUAAUAAUCAGAUUGAGCACAUG